AUGAGUAAUAUAAUUUUAGAAAAAAAAGAACAUUAUAAAAAUUUUAAGAAAUUCAAAAAGGUCGUAAAGAAGAAUGCAAAUGAUAAAACUGAAAACGUUUAUUCAAAGAAUGGGUAUAAGUCAAAGGAUAAUAUAAAUUUAGUUAACCAUGUUAGCAAUAGGAAAAAAAAUAAUAUGAUGGGUAAAAUAAACAAAACAUUUUCAACAAAAAUUUAUAUUAAUAAAAACGGUAUUUCUAACAAUGAAAACGGAAAUAAUGAAUUAAUUAAAUAUGCUACUGAUAUUAUAUCUUUAUUUAAUAAUAAUAAAAAGGAAGUAAGAAACGAAAGUGACAACAAUUUCAAUAUAGGUUAUAUAAAUGAUGAAGAAAUUAGAUGUUUGUCAAAUAAGAAUAUAAAGAACACAUCUGAAACAUUAAAUUCUUUCAAUGAAUCCAAACAGAUAAACUCCUUUGAAUUUUCUUUGGAAAUAAAUAAUGAAAGUAAUUAUCAUUUAUCAAAACAUGUAAAAGAAUUAAUAAAUUAUACCAGUAACUCUGAGACAUAUUUUAGUGACAGAGAAUUUAUUUCUGAAAAUAAUAAAAGUAAUAAUAAAUCAAAUGAAAGUACGAAAAAGAAGAAAACGACAAAGUUCAAUGAAGCGUGUGAAAACAAAAAAUAUAAAACGAAAAAAAAAAAUAUAAUUAUCGAUUAUAAUCCAGAUAUUAUAUAUAAAAAUUUAGAUAAUUUAAAAACAUUGUACCAAGGAGUGCAUGAUUCCACAUCUUUCUGUAUGACGAAAUUGAUGAAUAGUAGAAUACAUGUUGAGAAAAAUAUAGCAAAAUAUGAUGAUAUUUUAUCAGAACAUAGCGAGAAUAUAUUUAACAAAUUUGAUAUUUUCAUUGAAGAAGAUGUGAAGGAUGUUCAUGAACCUA